AAAAGCGCCUCCCGAAGCCUUCACACACAGGCCGCCGAUCACAGGCUGCCUGAUAAGGGAUAACGAGGUGUGCACCCUUCCGUAAUCCGGUGUAAACACUUUGACUUGAAAGCUGAGCCAGGCAUGGGAGAGCAGGACAGGCUGGGAUAGCUAAUCAUCAGCAAAAACCAAUGCUGUUUACGGCUUGCUGGUGAGUCAACUUUGAACCUAUAAAAGGGACGCUCGUUGAUGUGCAGCGUAUCAUAGACAGUGUUAAGGGACGGCAGACCCUAUCGCCCGCCAUUAUUUCUCCAGUGGCCACGCGGACCACACGUUGUGAUCAUGGAAAUAUCAGAACCUACCAAGGUGGUGUUUUACGUGAGCCGCAUAUUUGGACUAGCACCUUACGUAGUGAAGCGCACAUCCAGCGGCCAAAUAGUGGACUACAAGCGAAAUGUGUUUCUCAUCAUUUACAGUGUGGCCCUCGUGUUUUGUUUGGCUGGCCUCACGUAUAAGGGCAUAUUUUUCGAUGUUACCUCCAAAAAGCCCAUACGCUUCGUUUUCAGAAUGAAAACGGCAACCUCGAAGGUCGUCACCAUUCUGGACGUUUCGGUGGUAGUGUCUGCCUGCAUCUGCGGCUCACUCAGCGGCAUAUGGGGGCUGCAUUUUGUGCGCGAGCUUAACCGACGUCUCACCGAGGCCGAUGAGAUACUGUCCCUGUAUGUGAAGGAAUGCAAUCGAAACCAGAGACAGCGCAAGAAAGGCAUCCUCAUGCUGGGGCUAGUCUGUUUUAUCAUCACCGGAGCGCUGUCUCUGGACAUAUGGGUUUGGUAUCGAAUUGCCGACAAGAUCAAGAAGGAGAACAGUAAUUCAAGUGCAAACGUGCUCGGCUACUUCCCGUUUUACUGUCUCUACUACAUACUGAUGAUGUUCCACGUGCUGUUUGCACAAGCUGCCCUCGGAAUAGGCAACCGCUACCGUCAUCUGAAUGUGGCACUGUACGAAAUGUUUCCCGAAUUUUACCGCACGCCUCUCAUCGAAAUUUCGUCCAUCUCGUCGAUCAACCUGGAGCAGGAGAAAAAUGUAUCGAUCGACAUCGAUGUGCGGAAAUGUGUUGCCAGUGUGACGCACCACGGAUUUCAGCGGAAGCGCAGCUCUACGUCAAAGAAGAUAAUAGAAGAUCUGGCUGAAAUACAUGCUUCCCUAUCGUACUGCAUAGUUCUCGUCUCCAAGACCUUUGGAAUAGCUUUGCUCACCGUGCUGGGCUCCUGCCUGUUGCAUUUGGUCGCCACAUCCUACUUCUUGAUGGUGGAGCUGGUUGGAGAUAAGGAUGCCGUUUUUGCGUGGAUCCAGGCGCUGUGGUUGUUUAUACACAUUUUCCGAUUCCUACUCACGAUUGAACCUUGCCACAUAACGAACGUCGAGUCAAAUCGUACUAUUACGAUUAUUAGCAACUUGAGAAGAUACUGCAGGGAUGCUGAGCUGGUUGACAGUGUACGUUUGAGUUGCGCAAUGCUCUUCAUUUUGCAGAGCCCUUGUAGUUGCUUUAAAUUCCCCUGUUCUUUCGCUGCAGAUCAACAUGUUUUGGCAGCAGCUGGUAGCGAGCAAUUUUUCAUUCACCGCUUGCGGACUUUGCACAAUAGACAGACGCAUUAUCACUUCGGUUGGUUUCACACUCGUCUUUACAGUACAAUCGUGACUGGUUUGUGCGUAAUGUUCCCCUUUGUAUAUUGCAGUACUGUGGAGCUAUUGCCACCUAUUUGGUUAUUUUGAUUCAAUUCAAAGAGGCGGAUGAUAAUUCCGGGAGACUUCCGCACUAAGAGGCUACGCUGGUGUGACACCGACUUAUGCAACUGGAAUUUUACUGCUUGACAAUUGUGCACCCCAAAAGCAUUCGUCUAGCGGGCGUAUUAUUCGUAUCAGUCAUAAGAUGGUGAAAAUAAUGCUAAUUGAUACACAAAUAAACACAAUUCGUUGUUCGUUCCGACAA